GGGUCUAAUGUCUACGAGGUUCCGUUGUGUGUUCCCCAAAGCCGGCGCGUGUAGCCCUUCAAAUCGAACACGUUCUUCAGCUACAAACCCUUUCUCUGAAUCUCCACCAAAUCCAACAGUUUUCCGUACAAUUGGAUCAUCCCUCGUAUAAAUUCUUCGGCGGUUCAGGCAUCCUAAAGUCCAACAGAGUAAGGGAUUGGAGUGCGAGUUCUUCUGUGUAAUGGGUCAGCAAUUGCGUCGAGCCGCCGGAAAAAUCAAAGAAGUUGAGAGAUCUCCGUCGUCGACUUCAAGGGUCGCAGUCGAUCGUCGGCCUCCACCGCCAGAGGAUCUCGCCGCCGGGAAAUCUGCGGUCGCCGCCGCAUCCGACGACGCCUCCGAUGAAGCUCGAAGACUGAAUCCGGAUAAUGUUUUGGAGGAAAGAGACCCACAAUUCGAUGCAAUGUUGAGCCAAAUGGUGGGGAGAAUAAGGGCUAAACCUGGAGGGAAAGCCGAGAUGGGAGAGGCAUCAGUGAUGGAAAGGUCCAAAAGGCCCCUCCCAAAGCUCCGGAACACGAUCCCCGGCUCAGGGAGGUACGAGGAAAGGCCGGCUCCUCCAGGGACACUGAACGUGGCACAAGUCCGGCACAUCAUGCUUCUCUAUCAGGGCAAGGCCGAUGAUCACACCGGUCCGAUGGGAGUCAAAGAGAUAGCCGCGAGAUACAAGAUCGAUGAAUCUCAGGUCCAGAAGAUUGUCCAGUUCCUGUCUUUACCACCAGAAGAUACCAAGCAGCAGAAGAAACCGUACCAAUGAAGAAACGCCAUAACCGGGCAAUGCUAUAUAAUAAGGACAAAGGGUUUGGUUUCUUUAGUGAGCGUAAGACAUAGAUACAGAGUUGUUCACAUGGUGAAGGGAGAAAACAGAGUUUUUUGGCCGAAUGAAAAAUCGAGUAUUCUUUCAUAACUGACGUUA